AUGGCCGAUUAUCUACUUUUUGAGAGCCCUAUGGGCUACUCGCUUUUCAAGGUCACUCUCCAGGGUGACGCCGUGGGCAACCGUCUGAAGGAAGUCCAGGCUGGCGUUAACGACCUCGCCAAGUUCGGCAAGAUGAUUGAUCUUGCCAGUUUCCUGCCCUUCGAAAACAACAAGCAGGCCCUCGGUGAAAUCAACGACGUUUCGGAAGGUGUCGCGUCCGAGACCCUUAUUUCAUUCCUUGAUCUCAACCUCCCCAAGCCCAGCAAGAAGAAGAAGGUCGUCCUCGGUCUGUGCGACAAGGGUCUCGCUGGUAGCAUCAAGUCCGCUUUCUCCUUCGUCGACUGCGAGACUGGCGACACCAGCGAGGUCGUUCAGGACCUUCUCCGUGGUAUUCGCCAGCACUUCGCCAAGCUGCUGAGCCAGCUCCGUGAGGGUGAUAUGGACACCGCUCAGCUCGGUCUCGGUCACGCCUAUUCUCGUGCCAAGGUUAAGUUCUCCGUCCAGCGUGACGACAACCACAUCAUUCAGGCCAUUGCCAUCUUGGAUCAGCUUGACAAGGCUAUCAACACCUUCUCCAUGCGUGUUCGCGAAUGGUACUCCUGGCACUUCCCUGAGCUGUACAAGAUCGUCUCCGACAACCAGACCUAUGCCCAGAUUGCUCUCUUCGUGAAGGAUAAGAAGAGCCUGACUGAUGACAGCCUGCACGAUCUUGCCGCUCUCGUGGAGGAUGACAAGGGUGUUGCUCAGAGCAUCAUUGAUGCCGCCAAGCGCAGCAUGGGUCAGGAUAUCGGUGACUCCGACAUGGAGAACGUCAUUGCUUUCGCCGAGCGUGUUGUUAGCAUCGCCAAGUACCGCAAGUCCCUGCACCAGUACCUGGUCUCCAAGAUGAGCGUCGUUGCUCCUAACCUUGCUGCGCUGAUUGGUGAGAUCGUUGGUGCUCGCCUGAUCUCCCACGCUGGUAGCUUGACCAACCUGUCCAAGUACCCUGCCUCUACUGUCCAGAUUCUCGGUGCUGAGAAGGCUCUGUUCCGUGCCCUGAAGACCAAGGGUAACACCCCCAAGUACGGUCUGCUGUACCACUCUUCCUUCAUCGGCCGUGCUGGCCCCAAGAACAAGGGUCGCAUUUCUCGCUUCCUUGCCAACAAAUGCUCGAUCGCUUCCCGUAUCGAUAACUUCUCCGAGGCCCCCACCACUAAGUUCGGUGAGGUUCUGAAGCAGCAGGUUGAGGAGCGUCUGGAGUUCUACUCCACCGGCGCUGCCCCCACCAAGAACGAGGUUGCCAUGAAAUCCGCUAUGGAUGCCGUUCUGGCUGGUAUCGAUGUUGACGUUGAUGACAGCGAUGCGGAGAUGGAGGACGUCGAUGCCAAGAAGGAGAAGAAGAAGGAGAAGAAAGACAAGAAGGAGAAGAAGGAGAAGAGCGACAAGAAGAAGAAGCGCAAGCACGACACCGACGCUGAGCCUUCGAAGAAGAAGCAAAAGGCAUAA